GGGUAACUCUAAAUUACUAUACGUGCGUGCAGUGAAUAUUUUGCUGUAUUCUAAAUGUUCUGAUUUAAAUUAGCAAGAUGAACAACAGGUUGACAUGGCCGAAGAUAGUCCUCUUUGGAGACUCGAUUACACAGUUUAGUCUGAGCCAGGAAGGCCAGUGGGGCGCUUUGCUAGCAGAUCAUCUCCAGAGGAAAUGUGACGUGAUAAAUCGUGGUUUCUCUGGCUACAAUGCGAGGUGGUGCAAGUUUGUGCUGCCCCAGAUCCUCAGCAGCGAUGAUGCCGCCGGUGUGGCUGCUGUCACUAUCUUCCUCGGGGCUAAUGACUCCAAUGAUGAAGUCUUGAACCCCAGACAGCACGUGCCCCUUGAAGACUACAUGGAGGACCUCAUGGAGAUGGUGGAGUAUUUGCAGUCUAUAGGCAUCGAGAGGGAGCGAAUCAUCCUCAUCACCCCUCCAGCAUGUGACGAGAAGGCCUGGGGAGAAGAAUGCAAGAAGAAAGGUAAACCGCUGAGCAAGGACAACAAGGUGACGGAGCUGUAUGCCAGGGAGUGUGUGGAAGCCGCAAGUGACUGCGGCACGCAGUGUGUGGAUCUCUACAAGGCCAUGAUGAAAUCACAAGGAUGGGAGGACAUGUUGAGUGAUGGUCUCCACCUAUCACAGAAAGGCUCACACUUGCUCUUUACUCUGCUCCAGCCAAUCGUAGACAAGCUUACAUCAGAUGUUGUCUUCAAGUUUCCCUUGUGGGAUGAAGUGGACUACAAUAAUCCAGAAGCGUCUCUAUGCUCUGUCAAUGCAUCUAGUUAAUGUGCAGGUGCCCUGUGACUAGCUAGUGUUCAGUGACCUGUGACUAGCUAGUGUGCAGUGACCUGUGACUAGCUAGUGUGCAGUGACCUGUGACUAGUUAGUGUGCAGUGGCCUGUGACUAGCUAGUGUGCAGUGACCUGUGACUAGUUAGUGUGCAGUGACCUGUGUCUAUCUAGUGUUCAGUGCCCCGUGACUAGUUAGUGUUCAGUGCCCUGUGACUAGUUAGUGUUCAGUGCCCUGUGACUAGUUAGUGUUCAGUGACCUGUGACUAGUUAGUGUUCAGUGCCCUGUGACUAGUUAGUGUUCAGUGCCCUGUGACUAGCUAGUGUGCAGUGACCUGUGACUAGCUAGUAUGCAGGUACCCUGUGACUAGCUAGUGUGCAAUGACCUGUGACUAGCUAGCAUGGCUAGUGUACAGUGACCUGUGACUAGCUAGUGUGCAGAUGCUGUUUAAAAAGUUAAUCUAUGCACUGUGAGGAAAUGAACUUAUUUAAUCAUGAUACCUAUCAAUUUUGAUCUUUCACACUUCAUUUUUAUUGCACUAUCAGUAGUUACAUACAGUAGAGUACAUUGGUUAUGGAACUAACGGACACGACAAACUUAUCCAUGAUUCUUGUGUUCUAGUGAUAAUUAAGUAUUCCUUGUCCUUCGGAUUUCUUUCAUCAGCCAGAUACCAUCAUUUGCAAAAAUCACUGUAUAUCAGACCAAGCAUGAACAAUUUUUACCUCAUGGUAGCAUACUUGAGAACAAGAGCCUUUAGGCCACCUUUCUAGAUGAUAGUUUAAGGAGUCCCAUGUUUGUUUUAUUCUCAGCCUCAUGUACUGUGCAGUGUGUCUGGUACACCACAUACAUGUCAUGUAUGUACAGGGGGCACGGGUGGCCCAGUCGUCUAAGGCGCCGCGAUUCAC